AUGAAUACUUUAGACCUAUAUGAGCCGCUUGAAUCAGAAGUGCGUUUCGUUGCUGUUUUAAUGUUCAACUUGGAACUAGAUAUUAAAGAACCCGCAUUGGUAUUAGAACUUGGAAACAGCGUUUAUAAAUGUGUCUGUAGAAUUGUAAAUAACUACAAUGGAAGUGUAAACAAAAUCAAUUUUUUCGAUAAAGAUUUACUGAUUUUGGUUAUUUUUGGAUUUCGUCGUUUUAAACUAGACUCUGAAUGUGCUGUAGCGUUGAAGUGCUCCACGGAAUGCCAACAUGCACUUUUUCAAAUACCCGGAGUUCGUAAAGUUUCUAUAGGAGUUACGACGGGAAAAACAUAUUGUGGAGUAUUUGGACAUGCGCUAAGAAAAGAAUAUACUGUAAUAAGUUUAUCAGUGAAUAUGGCAGCACGGCUCAUGAUAAACUAUCCAAAUAAAGUAACCUGUGAUAGAAACGUUUACAUUUCAAGUAAAUUGGGCACAAAGAACUUUAUCCUACAGGAAUAUAAGCUUUUAAAAGGCAUCUCAAACCCCGGUCCAAUAUAUGAGUUCAUUGAAAUCCCCCCGACACAUAAGCAUAAAAUGGCAGUAAAUCCAUAUCCUAUUUUGGGAAGGCAACUUGAGUUAGAUCUUUACGAGGAAUUAAUUCUUAGGCAAAAGCCGACUGUUGGAAGAAUGUAUCUAUGUUACUCAAAAUACUACGGCAGUAGCCAGAUGUAA